CAAGAAUAAUGAUAGGACACGCGAAAUCAAGCAAGUUGAUGAAGUCAUAAUUUGGAUGUUGUUCGUGUGAUUAUCGAUUGGUCAUUAGAUUGUGUGAGAAAGUCGCAAUCCGAAACUGUUGUUUCCAUAGCAACGCCCAGGUUUGCGACCGGAGCAGCGAGUGAGUGAGCCAGGCAGUAUCAAUCGUUAAGGAAACGUCGCUCCCGAGCUAACGUCGAUUUCGGGGAGGAAGAGACACGAACGGACCGGACCGAACUGCACCGGCCGGCGGUUGGUUGCUGCUCCGAGGCCAGGAUGAGCCGCUCAACACGGUCGACUUGACACUACCGCUGUGAGCACACUUGUUGAGGAUGGUACUGCGGCUCCCCCUGGUGGUGACUGUCCGCGUGGACCUGCUUCUGGUCUUGGUGUCUCUCCUCGCCUUCUGGACCCGGGUGCACCGCCUUGCGCACCCCAACGCCGUUGUCUUUGAUGAAGUUUACUACGGCCAAUUUGUGUCUCUUUACAUGAAGAGGAUUUUCUUUAUUGAUGACAGCGGACCGCCACUUGGUCACAUGAUCCUGGCCUUGGGGGGUGGGUUACCAUGACGACCAAAAUACUUUUCUGUGUGUGUGUGUGUGUGUGUGUGUGUGUGUGUGUGUGUGUGUGUGUGUGUGUGUGUGGGUGUGUGUUUUGCAUCAUUGAUUGCAUGUGUGUGUUUGUUUUGGGUAACAGAGUACCCAUGCGGUGUAAGCGUGUGGAGUCUGCGUGUCCUCCCGGCAGUGUGCGGAGCGUUGUGCGUUCCUCUGGCAUAUUGCGUGACUCUGGAGUUGGGCUUUGGUCACAUGUCAGCGUUGGGAGCAGCGCUGCUACUUUUGCUAGACAACGCUCUAAUUGUCCAAUCGCGGCUGAUGCUGCUGGAGUCAAUCCUGAUUUUUUUCAUCCUCUUGUCCUUCCUGUCGUACCUGCGCUUCUACCGUGCCAGCAGCAGCUGGCCUGUCAGAUACAGUUGGCUCCUCCUCUCCGGAACGUCCUGCGCUGCCGCCAUCGGGGUGAAGUACAUGGGCGCCUUCUCCUACCUACUGCUAGUAGGCGUGGCCUGUGUGCACUGCUGGAAGAUGAUUAGUGACACUCGUGUGAGCGGCGUGAGCGUGUUUUUUGAGUGUGUGUGUCGUGGUGUGUGUCUGCUGGUGCUUCCUGCGGUGCUGUACGUUCUCUGCUUCUAUCUGCACCUCACUCUUCUGCACCGCACUGGACCACAUGACCAGCUGAUGAGCCCCGCCUUCCAAGCCAGCCUUGAGGGCGGUCUGUCACGGAUCACGCAAGGUCAGCCCCUGGAGGUUGCGUAUGGUAGUCAGGUGACUUUGAGAAGCUCUGCCUCCCAGCCUGUCCCGUGCUGGCUGCAUUCUCACAAAGCCAACUAUCCAAUCAGGUAUGAGAACGGUCGCGGUAGCUCUCAUCAGCAGCAGGUGACCUGUUACGCAUUCAAGGACGUCAACAACUGGUGGAUCGUCAAGAACGCUGACAAGGCCGACCUCGCCGUAGGCCAUCCUCCUCGUGCAGUGCGUCAUGGCGAUAUGGUCCAGCUGCUUCAUGGAAUGACAUCGCGAUUUCUCAACAGCCAUGACGUCGCAGCCCCCGUCAGCCCCCAUGCCCAGGAAGUGUCGGGCUACAUCGACUUCAACGUGUCCAUGCCCGCCCAAAACCUUUGGAGAGUGGACGUUGUGAACCGUGAGGAUGAUUCUGAGGUGUGGAAGACGAUUUUGUCAGAGGUUCGCUUGGUUCAUGUCAACACGUCAGCAGUCCUCAAGUUGAGUGGCUUAUCGCUUCCAGACUGGGCGUCAGGUCAGAUGGAGGUUGUCGCAGAGAAGAUCAAAGGUCACAGCAGUGGCGUGACAUGGACAGUGGAGGAGCACAGAUAUGGGACCAGCGAGGAGCAGAAGGACAGAGAGGCGGAGCUUCAUUCCCCCACACACAUUGACGUGAACCGGAAGAUUUCCCUGUUGUCGAAGUUUCUGGAGGUUCAGUGGAGGAUGCUGUCAGUGAAACAGGAAGACAAUGAGCACAAAUAUAGCUCCACCCCUUUGGAGUGGCUCACCAUGGAAACAAACAUCGCCUACUGGCUCCACCCUUCCACCAACGCUCAGAUCCAUCUGAUUGGUAAUCCAGCAUCAUGGGGUGUGUCUCACCUCUCCCUCCUGGGCUAUCACGUCAUGGCAGCCAUCUACCUGCUGAGGAGGAGGCGGGGCAUCAAAGAUUUACCAGAUGCUGCUUGGGAGCGCUUCGUAUCGCUGGGCGUAUUGUGCGGCGGCGGCUGGUUGUUGAACUUUGUUCCGUUCGUGUUGAUGGAAAAACAUCUGUUCCUGUACCACUACCUGCCUGCACUCAUCUUUCUGCACCUGCUCAGCGCCGCCCUGCUGGAGCAUGUGUACACACACUUGCUCAGGAAGGACGCACACCGCCGUGUGCUGCUGGUGUGUGUUUUUGUCGUGUUGGCGUGUGUCUUCCUGUCCUACCACGCCUUCAGCCCUUUGACCUUUGGGAGCCCAGAGCUGUCGGCCAAUCAGCUGCGAGCGCUCAAGUGGAGGAGCUCCUGGGACAUCUUGUAUCGACGCCGCUAGACUCCUCCAUUCAGUGAUAUCAGGCCUUGUGAAUGGACAGUGCUUCCGAAGUCGUCACAUCUCGUCACUUUUAACAAACAAUAAAGUUCAAGUUUAUUUUUUA